UUUGUAAUAGUUAAGAAUUUUAUACCAAACAGAUAGCAUUUUCUUUUUUUCCUGUAUGGUUCCUAAGAUUCUUAAUGCCUUCAGCAUUCUUAAUACAUUCAGGAAAUAUAUUUUAUCAAAAAUUUAGAAUAUGAUUUGAAAAAGAAAGUCAUGGAAGCCAAAUGUAUUGCAAGAGAAGCUUUUUAUUUAUUUUAUCUUAUUUUAAUAGUUGGAUUAAGCUUGAUAUGUACUGAAAGAGUUCAACUAAAUAAUACGCAAAUGCUGAAUGAAGAAUUCAAAAUUGCAAGGAAAUCCCAGAGCCUGAAGUUGUCUGACCCAAUGAUCUUGAAGAACAGAGAAAAUAUCUCAGGAAAUGCUGUCACUGAAUUUGUUUUACUUGGCUUUUCUCAUCUCCAGAAGAUGCAGCUGCCUCUAUUCUGCAUUGUCCUGAUUAUGUAUGUUUUAGCAUUAAUGGGCAAUGCUCUGGUUGUCCUCAUGAUCCGCUUGGACUCCCGUCUUCACACCCCUAUGUACUAUUUCCUCAGCCACCUUUCCUGGUUGGAAAUUAUCAUCACCACCACUGUCACACCGAAGAUGCUCAGCAUUCUCAUUUCAGAGAAGAAGUCCAUCUCCUUCUUUGCAUGUGCCUUUCAAGUCACAUUAUACUUUCUUGCAGGAACCACAGAAGUCCUCCUACUGGGAGCAAUGUCUGUGGAUCGCUACCUAGCUAUAUGUAACCCAUUGCGCUACACAGCCAUCAUGAGUAACCAAGUUUGUUUACUGAUGGUGGUUUUCUGCUGGUUCAUUAGUUUUGUUUGCAUUACAAUUGGGAUAGUUUCCAAGUCAAAACUGCCUUUCUGCGGACCCAAUAUCAUUGAUCAUUUCUUCUGUGACACAGGACCCCUGACAAAGUUGAUCUGUGCAGAUACCCACCUUGUUCAAGCUUUAGAAUUUGCCUCAUCGUGUUUUACCUUGCUUUCCUCUGUCUCCAUCACUACCAUCUCUUAUGUCUGCAUUAUUGUCACAGUGAUAAGGAUGCCUUCUGCCCAAGGUAGGAAUAAAGCAUUUAGCACUUGCAGUUCGCAUAUCACCGUGGCCUCAAUCUACUAUGGUAGCUCCAUAUUCAUCUAUGUCAGGCCAUCUGAAAACUCAUCUAUGGAUUUCAAUAAAUUAGCCACAAUGCUCAACACAGUAGUAACCCCCUUGCUCAAUCCAAUUAUCUAUAGCUUUAGAAAUAAAGCAGUCAAAGAAGUUUUGAAAGAUAGAGUGAAGCAGCUUGGUUCUAUCAUUGCAAAGGUAAGAGAUUAAAAUACAACAUUUCUUCCUGAGCUUUCCACAUUAUAUGGACAUCUCUGAGUUUAACCUAGCUGCCUUUUUUCUCCAACUGAAAUAUAAUUUAAAGCUUUCUGAAGAGUCAACAAGAGAUUUAACUUUUCUGCAACCAUUUUCCUAGCAGCUCCUAGCAUUAUAAUAUCAGAAACCUCUUCAUGACAGAACAUACAUAGCCCUUCUCUUCUGAUAGCACUGAUGAUGUUACCUAGUUUGGGUAAUGAAAUAUUACCCACUAUUGGUACCUUCCUCUUUUAAUAUGACCAUGUAAUGUUUCCCAACUCUUAUUAACAAUAAGAUCUCAUCAUCCAGAUAAUUGUAGUUAAAUAAUUUGCUACAUAGUGGCAAGGAAGAAAUGAGGGGGAAAUCAUACUGAUGCAGAAGUGCCUUUUAAAGGUAACUUAAGCUAAUUCUCUUUGGCUAGAUAGAACUCCAUUCUUUUCAUACGCUUUCACGUAAGUGGGACAGGCAGCCUAAACAUUUAAUAAAUAGAUAAAAUAAAUAAUAAAUAAAUAAAUUCAUCUUAAAGGGAAAAAAGCUAAUUAGUUAAAACUACACUGAAAUGUAUUGUCAUGCAAUGUUAACAGGAAUAACUAAUCUCUUAAAACAAUUCAGCAAUACUUCUGUUUACAGAAUAUACUCAUUAUUCAAACAAGCAGAUAUGUGGAUGACCACUUUGUGGAGUCUAUUUUGGAAUUCUUCUGAGAGUUUCCUAUGCUUUCAUAAGUUGCUGACUGCAACUUAUUGUUAUUUUAUCACAAGAAUGUUCUUUAUCUUUUUCCAAAUCUUCUUUUUCUAUAUGUAUUUUCUUCCUACUUAUUAUAGAAACAAAUAUCCUCCCUCUCUCAAUGAGGAGCAGAUAUGAGAUGAGAUCACAAACAUGUUUUCUUCAGAUACUCUGUUACUUGUGAUCAGAAUACUGUGGGGAGCUCAUUGAGAACUAUAUCAUUAUCUCAAGUGAUGGUAAUAUUGUUUCUUGUUCAAUGUUUGCAUGAAGUUUUAGUGAACAGUUCCACAAUCAAAAACAGAAUAGAUAUAUGUUAGAAAAGGGCAUGACAGACAACUUGCCAAGGAAAAACACCAACACUUCAUUUCAUUUUUGUAUUUGUUCCAUGGAUAGAAAGUAGGAAAAUGAAAAAUUGUUGACAACGGAUUGGUAUAAGAAAACUAACAUUAGAUAUUAAUGAAAUAGAGUGGGACAUUGAAUUUUACUUUGGAGGAAACAGAUUCAUUUUUAUAUUUACAAUGAUCUUUUUGUUUCUAUGUCUGCUGAUGUUAUGGCUGGUGUUUUUAACCCAAAGUGAAUGUAAGAUGCAUCCCAUUCUCUGCAACACAAUUGAUGCCCUCCAAAUUCCACAUGAAUAUUACCAGCCAGGUGACUUUGUCAUUGGAGGGAUCUCUUCUCAGUUUGUCUCCUUUUUCAAGGUUCUGUCUUUCCAGGAACACCCCAGAUCAAUGUUUAUUGAUGAUCCUAUGUAAGGAAUUUCUUAUUUCAAUAAGAUAUCCAGGAGCACAUUAUUAUAAUUACUGAGAAGAGAAAGCAAAUUUUCCUUUUUUUAAUGGAUGAGCAAAAUAGAAAAUUUCAAUACGAUUGUACUAAAUAUAUGGUUACAGGUUUUCUAGAAUAUCAUUUUCUCAAUUUUGCAUUUUGCCUUUCUUUUGUGAGAAUUACACUCUAUUAAUCUGAUCAUCAUAUCAUGAUGUUUUCAGUAUCUGUCAAGACUACUUUAACUUCUUUAAAUCCCAGCUUCUGUAUCAUAUGAGGCGCUUCCUUCAAUUUUGGAUGCAAAAUGAUUCAUUUUUACUGCAGUUUCAUCUUAAUGACCAUUGUAUCUCUAAGAGCUUGGAUUUCUCAGAAUAAAUGAAGAUGUUUCAUAUUCUCUUUUUCUCACAGUCCUUCAGUUUCCAUCCCUUUUACUGUGUUACUUCUUGUUUCAAACAUGUAUGAGAUGACUAUAUUGAUCAAUAGCUAUUAAAAGUUAAACACAAAGAAUAUGACAAAGCUCUACAAGUCAGCAAGGUGGGCUGUUCAAGUGUCAGAUGUGGGCCAGGAAGACCAUACUCAGAUUCUGAAGUGCUUUUCUUAAUGUUAUGUUUGUCACUGGAUUCUUAUAGGGCUAGAAGAAUAUGGAAGGAAGAAAAAUGAGAAAAUGUUUCUCAUAAAUAAAUCUUGGACCACAUCUACUGUAUAUACCUUUCUCAUUUUUACUCUUGUAAAUAUGGUCAGUUUGGUAAUCACUUGUGUAUUAGUGAACCAAAUCAUGAUACUGAAAAUGAACACAUAAUCAUAAUCCAAAUCAAAGUUAAAUGAAAUUCAUUGAAAUCAUUGAGGCCUAAGUCAUAACUGCUAUUAGAAUAACUGGAUCAAAUCUAAAAGGACAAUUUUUUUCACAGGACUCUGUAAUUAAUGAUACUAUAGUUUCCUCCUUUCAAUUUUCAGGACAAAAACUUCAGGAAAAAUAGCAAUCCUGCAAUAGUAUUUUAAACAUAUUUUAUUGGCUGGAUUCAUGCAUCCCAUUAAGCAGAAAAAAAGUUUUAUCAUUCUUUAGUGAUAAGGCUGAGCCCA